UGUAAAUGCAGUAAUCAUGCGGAGAGGUUCUGACUUGGGGGAAUUGGUGAGGUAGUUGUGAUAAUUGAAGGCUCCUUUAUUCUCUUGAAUCUUAGUUGUUCUGGUGCUACUGAGCUUUUUGAUAUAUCGGCGCGGCGAGGGAAAGACUCGGCCGCAGCCUGCUUACCUCAUCGUCACAUGACUGGCUCUCGCGGCCUAGACGAGAAGUGGACAGAUUGAUCUUCAACGUCGUCAACAUUGAGCGAAUACACUGCGUACAAUAGCUGCAAGAGCUGCUACAACCUCAGCCAACAGUCGCUGUAUAUUCCUUGCCUAUAUCCCCUACAUUUUCUGCCUGCAGGGACGCAAGGAAACUUGAGCGGGAUCCUUUACACGCUCAAUGCGUUCUUUCCAAGCUAGCCACCCAUUCUGAUCCCCAGCCUGUUCUACGCUUUGCCAGACACAGGCAUAAAACUCGCUGAUGUCCUGGUGACACGACACUCCUUGAUGACCUUCCUUUCUUGCAGUCGUCGCAUUUACCCAGCUUUAAUUUCUCCUGCGCGUCUUGAAUUGGCCCUCAGUCAGCUACGACCGGCGUCUACUGACCCCCGCAUCCUCCGCCUCUGCCCUCUGCACCCGAACCUCCGCUCUGAAGCAAGGAACCAUGCUGUUACAAGCGCUCCCUUGCCUUUGGCUAUGGGUGUUGGGCCUAUGCCUGGGUCUGUCCCAUGCCUCUGAUGAUCCUCAUGAUUUCGAGGACCAUGCCGACGUUAAACGAGUUCCUAUGAUCCCCUACAGUAUAUCUCAACCGUAUAUAGAUACCGAGUCGGAAAGCCGUUGGUUCGAUUAUGGUGGUGAUACCGUCAUUCGCACGGAUCAAUAUAUUCGUCUUACUCCGGAUCGACCAUCGCGACAAGGCUGGCUAUUCUCUCGCGUUCCGUUAACCGCGACUAAUUGGCAGGUCGAAGUCGAAUUUAGCAUCCACGGCGAAGGAAACCUUCAUGGAGAUGGUAUGGCGAUAUGGCUCACCAAACAACGCUCAACUAAGGGCCCUGUAUUUGGCUCCAUAGACAAGUUCGAAGGAUUGGGUAUCUUCUUUGACACGUAUAAGAAUAAUCGCCCAUCCGUUGCGUUUCCCUAUGUUAUGGCUAUGCUGGGCGAUGGUCAGACAUCGUAUGACCAGGCACAUGACGGCAAAGCCAAUGAGCUUGCUGGAUGCUCGGCUCGAGGACUUCGUGGCGCAUCCGUCGCUACAAAGGCCCGUAUAACCUACUUCCAAGACAAGUUCCUCGCCCUCGACCUGCAAUACAAAUCGGACCAUUCCUGGACCCCUUGCUUCACCGUUGAAGCGACCGAGCAACAAUCUAUAAACAUACCCACUGUCGCCUACCUCGGUAUGUCCGCCGAGACCGGCGAACUCAGCGACAACCAUGACAUCAUAUCUAUCAGCACCUACUCGCUAUAUGACAAGGCGCCGGAAGACAAACAGACUGGCUCCCGCGGUGCUGGUAGGAAGGCUACUCAAAAGUCAAAGACUGGGAAGGGAAGCGCUUAUAGUAGGAGUGGUGAUGAUGGUACUGGUGCCGGGGGAUGGUUUUGGUUUUUCUUUAAGAUCAUCAUGUUCCUAUUUCUUAUUCUGGCGGCAUAUAUUGGUUUCACGGCUUUUAGAGCCAGUCAAAGACGGAGGUUUUGAUAUCGAUAUUUCCGUUGUGAUGAAUGAUAGUCGAGGUUGUCAUUUUCUUUCCCCCUUCCUCACCCUAAAUUCUUAUUCUUCCGUCCUAAAUCGUUUCUUAUGUGUAUUCUCUCAGGGUUCCUUGCGUUUGCUGGUUGUAGCAUUGUUUCUGCAUGCAUCAUAUAUACCUUGAUUUUCUGACGGCUCGAGCUUCGCCGGUUUUUACUACCUUUGCUCUUUCUUUCUUUCUUUCUUUCUUUCUUUCUUUUUUUUUUUUUUUUUUUUUUUUUUCACUUUCCACCUCCUAAACAAUCUCCCUUUGCACCAUUUCUUUUCCCAGCACUUGGAUAAACGAGAAGGGUUGACUUACUCAUUAUCAAAAGCGCAAUUCGAAGAUGAAAACCAAGGAAAGAAAGAAGAAAGGAUCGAAAUAAAUCUUGUGACCAGGUCCAAAUUCCUGAUUUAAUUCCCUUCUGUUCCAAAGGGCGAUUAGGUCAUCUCAGAUGUCUUCAGAAUGCUUUAGUGGUUGUGUGAUUAGCCCUGGAAACUCAACUCAUCUCUGCAACGCCAGGGGCAUGCACAAGAUAAUCCGCCCGCCUAGUGUCCCCUGUUAGCAAAAAGCCCUAUUAGCGGUGACCUAAGUCAGGAAGGUUCUGAACUCUGCCUCAAGUUACCCCGCCUCAAAUCGACAGGGAGCAGAUGUCGUCUCUCCGCGUGGGCUCAGUAGAAGUAAUAUCUAAACUUACCCCAUCAGCACGUGUCCUUUCAAAUAAGCACCCUUUACGCCAACCUCGCCUGCCCGGUCAUCUUACCGGUGGAAUGGUUUGAUGCGUUUAUUUAACCUGGAUGGAGUGAUAAUUCUUGGUGACGAGUAAAUAGAAACAAGAUGAUGAUCUGAUAAGAUAUGAAUUUGUGUGUUGUAUUUUCG